CGGAACUGUUUCCAAGGUUUUUUUUUUUUUCUUUUUUUUUUUUUCUGGUUUGCUAAAUGCUGCCGGCUCUUGGACGCUUAGCAUCUUAGACCCUUUGGGGGCCGUGAGAGCGCCCCCUUGUCCCGCCCCUUGGCGGGUUCAGCUUCCACCACCAUGGCUCCUGUGUCGGGCUCGCGUAGCCCUGAACGGGAGGCCUCCGGGGGAAAACGGCGCAGUUCGUCGAGGAGCCCUAAGCCCAGCAAGUCUUCCCGCUCCCCGCGGGGUCGCCGCUCUCGCUCGCGCUCUUGUUCUCGGCUCUGUGACCGGAAUGGUCUGAGCCAUUCGCUGAGCGGCUUCAGCCAAAGCUCUCGAAACCAGUCUUACCGCUCCCGCUCUCGAUCGCGUUCUCGAGAGCGGCCCUCUGCGCAGCGGAGUGCCCCCUUUGCUUCUGCAUCCUCGUCUGCCUAUUAUGGCGGCUACUCGCGCCCCUACGGGGGCGACAAGCCCUGGCCAAGCCUGCUGGACAAGGAGAGGGAGGAGAGUCUGCGGCAGAAGAGAUUAAGUGAAAGAGAGCGAAUUGGAGAAUUGGGAGCUCCUGAAGUUUGGGGACUUUCUCCAAAGAAUCCUGAACCAGACUCUGAUGAACAUACACCAGUAGAGGAUGAAGAGCCAAAGAAAAGCACUACUUCAGCAUCUAGUUCAGAAGAUGAAAAGAAGAAAAGGAAAUCCAGUCAUUCAAAAGAAAGAUCCAAGAAAAAGAGAAAGAAAAAGUCAUCUAAAAGAAAACAUAAGAAAUAUUCUGAAGAUAGUGACAGUGACUCUGAAUCCGAAACAGACUCCAGUGAUGAAGAUACAAAAAGAAGAGCAAAGAAAGCUAAGAAAAAAGAAAAAAAGAGAAAACGGAGGACGAAGAAAUCUAAGAAAAAGAAGUCUAAGAAGAACAGAAAAGACUCCAGUGAUUCAAGCUCCAAAGAGUCCCAAGAAGAAUUUCUAGAGAAUCCUUGGAAGGAUCGAUCAAAGGCAGAAGAACCAUCAGAUCUCAUUGGCCCAGAGGCUCCCAAAACACUUGCUUCCCAAGAUGAUAAGCCUUUGAACUAUGGCCACGCUCUGUUACCUGGUGAGGGUGCAGCUAUGGCUGAAUACGUGAAAGCUGGAAAGCGAAUCCCACGAAGAGGAGAAAUUGGCUUGACGAGUGAAGAGAUCGCAUCAUUUGAAUGUUCGGGUUACGUAAUGAGUGGUAGCAGGCAUCGUCGAAUGGAGGCCGUGCGACUGCGGAAAGAGAACCAGAUCUAUAGUGCAGACGAGAAGAGAGCCCUUGCAUCCUUUAACCAGGAAGAAAGACGGAAGCGGGAGAACAAGAUUCUGGCCAGCUUUCGGGAGAUGGUGUACAGGAAGACCAAAGGGAAGGAUGACAAGUGAGGACUUUCCCACUGUACAAGUGGACAUUUCUAACAUCACAAAGGAAAUUGUGGGUUCUAGGCAUAAAAAGGUUAUUGUUUUGUUUGUUUUGGGGGUUACUUUUUGAUGUGUGGUUUCAAGCAGUUCAGGUUGGCCUCGGGCUUUGUGGCCAAGGAUGACUCUGAGCUCUUGGUCUCCUGCCUCUACCUUCCAAGUGUUGAGAUUCCAGAUGUAUGCCACUAUGCCCAGCCAAAAAGGCUACUGCGCUCUGGAAUGGUUUUUCAGUGCUUCCGUGCCUUCUGAAUCCUUCAGUCCUUCAAUAAAAGAUGUUUGUUGAUACAUUUAGUAAGUUAUUUUGGGCUUUUUAAGGUUGACCCUAACUUUCUGGUUUGAAAGUCCAAAUUUUGAGUGAAAUCAUGCAAUGUUAGAAAGGUGUCACAGAGAGAAAGUGGCAGCGGCAGCAGAAGUUUAAAUCUUACGUUGUGAUUUGGUGUGAAUAUUUUUAGCUCCAUACAGUGUCUGCCCCUGCCCCAGCAGAACUUGGAAAUGGCAUAUCUCUAUCUUGAAUGUGUCACAAAUGGGCUGUUAACAAAAUGAAUGACAGUGUUGCUGUAAAAAGCAAUUGUGGAAUUUGAAAACUGACUGUUUCUACAGUCUGCCCUAGAAAUGUAUUUUGGGCUAAGUCUACCUCUGCUCUAAAAGCAAGCAAACCAAAAGGCUAACUCACAGAUGUGUGGAAUAGAAAAUGUGAGCAUUAGAUGUUUUAAGUUGUUAAUGAAUUACUUAAGAUAGUUCUUUCAGCUGCCAGGGUGUAGCUCAGAGUUAGAAAAUGUGGUUAUCAUGCAUGCGAUCCUGAGCUACAUCCCCAGCAGUGCAAAAAGAAAAAAUUUCAAAUGCAGUCUUGGGAAGUCUAUUGUUGUGCCGGUAUAAAAAUACUAUUUCUAGCUAAGCUGAUAUUUAAUGAUAGGAUAAUAUCUAAAGGAAUGAACAUCAGGAGUGCUAAUGAGGGAAAAUAUAAUGUCAGUAUUUUAAUUAGCUGUUUCAUGAUAAUGAAAGUAAACUAUUAAAUGUUUUCAUUUGUGUUCUUUAUGUACUCAGAUUUUUUUUUUUUUGAGACAGAGUCUCACUGUGUAGCCCUGGAUAGCCUGGAAUUCCUAGAAUUCCGCCUGCCUCUGCUUUCCUGGUGCUAGAAUUAGAGGUGUGUGCCACUGCACCUGGCUAUCAGCUUUGAUUUUAAACAUUGUUAAACUCUUCAGCUUUUUUAUAUCAAUCAAUGUCUUUAAUCCCUAACUUUGUAGAAACCCUCCUUGCUUUAUCACUGCUCGAAAAGUUGAAUAUAUGUUCUUGGAAAAUGUGUUUUUAGCCCACAGCUGCUGAACUGGCUAGCAGUUAGCAUGUAGUAACAUCUGUGAUCUUUGAACUUGAAAUGAUUUCACUGUAUCUGUUCUUCUCAGUCUAGUAAGUCUGCAGUUUCCUAAAACUUCAUGGAAACUAGCUUCCAAAGUUUCAAGUCUUACUGUUUCCUACACCUCCUCAUGUCAUACAAUGUAAAGUUUAUAAUCCCUACUUUAAACUUUAUUCUGGAGGGGCAUUAGUUUUUGUUAACUGGCUCCUAGCGACUGGAUGAAUAUGUUUUCAUUUUUCUUAGGUAAUGUAGUUUAAAUGCAACAAUUUUAUGGUGUAUAAGUAUUAUGGGUUUUAUUUCGAUUCUUCUCUUGUAUAGAGUAGUCACAGUCAAUGAAAGAAAAGAUAGGAAUUUAUUUCAAAACCUACCAUUCCUUGAGUCAGUUCAUUUGGAUAAGAUCUGCAAAGACCAGCUUUAAUAGCAGAUCCUUUAAAAAAGUGGAAGGCUAAAAGUAUUUUAUUUUUAGCUUGAGUUAUUGCUUCAAACUGUGUUUUAUCACCUGAGCUCUAAGCCAGCCACUGUUUGCAAAGGCAAAUCUUCCUGGUUUACACACAUAUGCACACACACGCAUGCAUGCACACACACACACGUGCACACACACAUUUGUAAUUGAACAAACAUUGAGUUAGGACUUCUUUUUGCUACAUUCCCAGUGAACAAGAUGGUGGCUAGGGUUCUAGCUGUAUUGUUCAAGUUCUUUAGGCCCAUUUAAAAUAUAUGUAGAAUGAUUGAAAUUUAAAUACUUCAUUUUGUUCUCUAAAGAGACUUACUUAGUUUCUUACUUCUUCACCUGUUGUUCAUAGGGUUUUCUCUCCUUUUUAAAUUGUUGUACAAAGAUAAUAGUAAAAAAAUAGAAGACUUGCUCAGUCCUACCAUGUGUCUUGUUUGUUACAAGUAUUCUGUGUUCCUUGUAUGUCUUUGUCACUCAAAGUAUAGUGUAAAUUUGUCGUGGACAUUUUAAAAUUGUGUGACCAAGCUUAGGAGUCUCAUAGGGAAGGUAGGAAUACAUGAUGACCCAGUGUGAAGGUAGAAACAAGACCAGAAAGGAAUAAGGGUGCUAACCCCUCCCUAGUUCAUUGUACUAAUAAGCAUGUGAUGUGUUCUAGAAGCCAAAACAUUCAGUUUCAGAAUUUGGCAGUGAGGGUCACCUUACAGUAGAAGAGGUCUGUGAGUAGGCAAACCCUUCAUACUGUGUAGUAUGAGCUCAGAAGUGUUGCCGUUUUGUUACCCAGCAUACCCAUAAAAAUGUGUAUCAAGCCUGGAGGCAGGCACAGAGAAGGACCAAACAGCUAAGGGCCAAUGGGUGAACUUGAGAAUUGUUGGAAAUGCAACUCUGUGCUUGCCAGACUCCAAAAUCAUGAUAUAGUGUUGACAAAAACCUUUUCAAAAACAGAAAACAACUUAUUACAGAAUGGAUAACGAAUAAAAGCAAAAAUGCA